UUGCAGCCUUAGGAGAAGGGGGGUAGGUGAGGAGGUCUUUAUACCAUGGCUCCUACAAAGCAGACUGCCUGCAAAUCCACUGGUGGUAAAGCAUCCAGGAAACUAUUGGCUACAAAAGCGACUCACAAGAGUGCGCCCUCUAUUGGAGGGGUGAAGAAACCUCAUCGUUACAGACCUGGUACUGUGGCUCUUCUGAAAUUAGACACUAUCAGAAGUCCACUGAACUUGAUUCGCAAACUGCCCUUCCAGCGUCUGGUGCGAGAGAUUGCUCAGGACUUCAAAACAGAUCUACACUUUCAAAGUGCAGCUAUUGGUGCUUUGCAGGAGGCAAGUGAGGCCUAUCUGGUUGGCCUUUUUGAAGAUACCAACCUGUGUGCUAUCCAUGCCAAACGUGUAACAAUUAUGCCAAAAGAUAUCCAGCUAGCACGCCGCAUACGUGGAGAGCGUGCUUAAGAGUCCACUAUGAUGGGAAAAAUUUCAUUCUCAAAAAAAAUUU